AUGACUGAAUUGGGAAAUUAUCUGAUAGGUAUUUAUUAUAAAGUGAUUUAUCAUUAAAGGUAAAACAAUAGGAGAAGGAACAUUUGGAAAGGUGUGUUAUGCUAAACAUUAAGUGUUGGCUCAUGAUGUGGCUGUAAAGAUUUUAGAAAAGAAAAGAAUCAAUGAUGAAUUAGAUAUUGAGAGAGUAAAGAGAGAAAUUACAAUAUUACAGAUGCUGCAUCAUCCAAAUGUUGUAUAGCUCUAUGAAGUUUCUCAAUUAUUUAUAUUUAGAUGAUUGAAACUGAUACUCAUAUUUAUUUAUUUAUGGAAUAUGCAAAUGGAGGAGAAUUAUUUGAUUAUAUUGAUUUAAAGAAAAGGUACUUUUAAAAUAAUCUCAUUAGAAUAAAUAAAGUUGAAGCAUGUAAAUUCUUACAUGAAUUAAUUUCAGCUAUUUAAUAUAUUCAUGAAUUGAGAAUAGUACAUAGAGAUUUAAAGCCAGAAAAUCUGCUUUUGACAACUCAAAAGAAUAUUCUAGUUGUAGAUUUUGGACUUAGCAACAUGUAUGAAGAUACUCUCAAAACAGCUUGUGGCAGUCCAUGUUAUGCUGCUCCAGAAAUGAUACAAGGAAAACCUUAUUAUGGAUUAUAAACAGAUAUUUGGAGUUGUGGAGUUAUUUUAUAUGCUAUGUUAUGUGGAUAUCUACCUUUUGAGGAUAAUAAUACAUAGGUUUUACCCAAGAUAUGUUUCAUUAGAUGGAAAAGACCUUAUAAAGAACAUUCUCACUGUUGAC